AUGCGCUCGGAGCCGAGGAGGACGGACAAGAAGGAGGUGUCUGGCCGCACCCAGGCGCAGGAGGGCAGAACGGCCAGGGCCCAUCAAACCCAGAUCGGGCCCAAAGGGCCCAGACCUGAGCCAGCAAGCCCGCGCCGCCUUGGCGCCAUCUCCGGCCGCCUAGCACCACCUGCGGCUAGCGUCGUCGCCGUCAUCCCGGUGUCAUCGCUGCCACCCCCAGCGCCGUCGCCGUCGCUGGCCACCCGAGGAAACAGCUUGGCCAUGCCGCCCGCCACCGGACUUGGUGGCUGCCCGAGAGCAGCCGUCGCCUCCAGUACGGGGGCGCCGCCACGCCACGAAGCCGCCACGCCGCUGCCAAGGCAGCCGCCGCGCCCCUCGUCAAGCGCGCCGCUCUCACCGGCUCUGUUGGCCCGCGCCAAGUCCUCCGCGCAAGGGGGAGAGGAGUCCCCGCCGCCGCCAGCGCUCGGGCUUUGCCCAGCGAUGCCCUCCGGCGACGGCGAGGGGGGGGAGGAGCAGGGGGAGGGGGCCUGGGCAGGUGGCCGGUUCGGUCCUACUGUCGAUGCUAGAGCCACCAUGAAUCUUCAUAAAACCACCACUGCACAUAUGGACUUGCCCCGCGUCGUUCACAACGCAGGCUUAGCCUAG